GAAUCCGAAAACCCUCUCCUCCGCGCCUCGAACCCCCUAGUUACAGAUCUCGAACAAGAAGUCUUGGAUGAAUAUACCCGGUUACUGGGGAACGUGAACAAGCUCUCCGAUAAACUCUCCGAUCUAGCCGGCGACCCAUCCUCCCUAACGCUUGACGGCCUGCGGCUCCUCGAACGCAAAACGGCGACCGUAUGUACGCUUCUCAAGGCGAGUGUGUAUAGUAUCGUUCUUCAGCAGCAGAUC